AUGAAGUCUACUCUACUGGCUGACGUAUCUUCUAUUGUCGAUGCACAGUGUAGGGGUGGCAACCUCGCUAUCCUGUUGCUCUCGUAUUUUCCCAAGUUUGCAAGAUCAUUGAAAAGGACGAUGCUGCGUGAUAGCAGCUGCUUACCGUUGGUUGCACCCAUUGCAUUAUUGAGUGAUAUGGAACGGGCAUUGGACGGUCUUAUACUCCGCUUCUUCGUUGACCCGGACUUGUCUUCUUCUCGUCCCUUCACUCUUCUUACAACUCUGACUGUGGCCUCGCUGCUUGCGAACCUUAGGCUUGAGUACAGGCGGGAUGGCAACGUUAAGAAGUUCUAG